AUGGUGAAAAUCGGAGGUGUCUUCUAUUUUGAAACGGAUAGUAGUAUAGAUGAAAAUGCUCCAUUGCCAAUAGCAAGGGCAGCAACAAUAUUACAAACAACAUUUCUUCCAACAAACAACUUUCAAUCACAUAUACCUCUUGUUCAACAAUCUGAUCAAUACGGUAAUAAUACAUUUUAUAAUAAUCAAUUACAACAGUAUCGUCCAUCUUCACGCUCAUCAUCAAACUAUAACCACCAACGUACUCGCCAACAUCGACCGAUCCAAUGUUAUAAUUGUGGCAAGCUUGGACACAAAGCCACAUAUUGCUUUAAACCAAAACAACAUUUAAACUAA